UGCUCAGAUUUACACAUUAAAUACCCCAUGGUACUCCUGGAAGAAAGCUGCAGAUUGGAGUUCAUAACUGUCUGUUAGUGAGAAGUUGAUGCUGAAACCUGGAGAGGUUCGUGAAUGCAGAAUGAAGCUGUACUUGCUGAACCUUGUGCUGUUUUUUUGCUGUUGCCGAAGUGGGGCGGUGACCAGGGAGUACUACAUCGGGAUUGUAGAGACAGCGUGGGACUAUGCUCCUGGUAGUACUGAUAUCAUAUCUGGACAACGUUUUGCAGAAGAAGAGCAAGCUGAAGUCUUCCUUAAAAGAGGACCGCAAAGGAUAGGAAGCAUUUAUAAGAAGGCUGUCUACACUCAGUACACCAAUAUUUUAUAUGAUGUGAUAGUUGAGAAACCUUCUUGGCUGGGUUUUUUAGGCCCUAUCAUUAAGGGAGAAGUUGGCGAUUCCAUUGUUGUUCACUUGAAAAACUUUGCUUCCAGAAACUACACACUGCAUCCACAUGGUGUGAAAUAUACAAAGGAAAACGAAGGUGCUUUUUAUCCAGACAAUACCAAAGGUUUUGAAAAAAGAGAUGAUGCUGUGAAGCCUGGAGGCCAGUACACUUAUACGUGGGAUGUGACAGAAGAUCAAGGUCCUGCUAAAGGAGAUGCAGACUGCAUAACCAGAGUUUACCACUCUCACAUAGAUGCUCCAAGAGAUGUUGCCUCAGGGCUUGUUGGGCCUUUAAUAAUUUGCAGGAAAGGUGCAAUGAAUAAGGACAAUGAUAAAUAUGUCGAUGCUGAGUUUAUCCUUAUGUUCUCUGUGAUGGAUGAAAAUCUCAGUUGGUAUCUAGAGGACAAUAUCAGGAUGUACUGUUCUGAGCCUUCCAAAGUUGACAAAGAUGAUGAGGACUUUCAGGAAAGCAAUAAAAUGCACUCAAUCAAUGGGUACAUGUAUGGAUACCUCCCAAAUCUCACAAUGUGUGUGGAAGAUAAAGUAAAAUGGCAUCUUUUUGGCAUGGGUAAUGAAGCUGACAUCCAUUCAGCCUACUUUCAUGGUCAGACCUUAAUAGAAAGACACCAUCGAGUUGACACCAUUAACCUCUUCCCAGCCACAUUUAUUGAUGCUCUCAUGAUACCAAGAAAUCCCGGGGAAUGGCUGCUGAGUUGCCAAGUGAAUGACCAUAUAGAAGGUGGUAUGCAGGCCCUUUUUAAAGUAGAAGGUUGCAGAAAAUCCACAAUAAAUCACAAUGAGAUUACAAAGAUAAGACAGUACUUCAUUGCUGCUGAAGAGAUUAUCUGGAAUUAUGGCCCAUCUGCCUUUAACCAUUUUACAGGACAAGAAUUAAUUGCUGACAGUGAAUCUUCAGUAUUUUUUGAACGAAGUGAGACAAGAAUUGGUGGCUCUUAUAAAAAAGCCAUAUACAAGGAAUACACAGAUGGUACUUUCACGGCACAUAAAAAAAGGCUCCCAGAGGAAGAACAUCUUGGUCUCUUAGGGCCUGUUAUCAAGGCGGAAGUGGGCGAGAGCAUCAGGGUGACUUUCCGAAACAAUGCCAGCCGCCCAUUUAGCAUCCAGCCCCAUGGUGUGAGUUACCUAAAGAGCAACGAGGGAGCGCUGUACAGAACUGCCUCCAGAGAUACUGAAUCUCCAGCCUCCUAUGUCAGUCCUGGUGCUUCGUUUACAUAUGAGUGGAAUGUGCCAGAAGAUGUGGGUCCCACAGACCAAGAUCCAGACUGCUUAACUUGGUUUUAUUACUCGGCUGUGGAUUCAGUCAGAGACACCAAUUCAGGCCUUGUGGGUCCUCUUCUGGUAUGCAGGAAAGGAGCUCUACUUCCUUCUGCAAAACAGAGAAGUGUGACCAGGGAGUUUUUCCUACUUGCCACAGUAUUUGAUGAGAAUCUGAGCUGGUACUUGGAUGACAAUAUUUUGAUGUUUACAUUAAAUCCUAAUGAAAUUGACAAAGAUAAUGAGGAUUUCCAAGAGUCUAACAAAAUGCACUCCAUUAAUGGUUACAUGUAUGGAAAUCAACCUGGUCUAGAGAUGUGUAAAGGCGAUGUGAUUUCCUGGCAUUUGAUGGGCUUGGGGUCAGAAGUUGAUGUUCAUGGGAUAUACUUUUCACAAAACACAUUCAUAACAAAAGGAACAAGAAAGGAUACGGCAAAUCUAUUUCCACACACAUUUGUUACAGCUAUUAUGAAGCCUGAUUCUGAAGGAAUUUUUGAAGUAUCGUGCCUGACAACGGACCACCACAGAGGGGGCAUGAAACAGAAAUACAAAGUGAAACCAUGUCAUUGGUGGAAUGUGGAUCCAUCCCUAUAUUUGCACGAGAAGACACAUUAUAUUGCCGCUGUGGAAGUUGAAUGGGACUAUUCCCCUAACAGGACAUGGGAAUUUGAGCGGCAUCAAUUUCACAAGGAAAGCCCUGGCAAUUCAUUUUUAAAUAAAGAGGACGCAUUCAUUGGCUCAAAAUACAAAAAGGUAGUAUAUCGUGAGUACACAGAUCAGACAUUCAGUACUCCAAAAAGCAGAGCAGAGGAAGAGCAGCACCUUCAAAUUCAAGGGCCACUGAUUAUGUCAAGUGUUGGAGAUAAAAUUAACAUAGUUUUUAAGAACCUGGCAUCAAGACCUUAUUCUAUACAUGCCCAUGGAGUGAAAACAGACAGUUCUGUUGUUGCUAUAACCAACCCAGGUGAAACUAAAAUGUAUGUCUGGAAAAUAUCAGCAAGAUCUAGUUCUGAGAGAGAUGAUUCACACUGUACUGCAUGGGCAUACCAUUCAACAGUGGACAUCAUUAAGGACACUUACAGUGGAUUAAUAGGCACACUUGUUGUGUGUCCUAGACAUUAUUUACCAUCAUCUCAUGCUAGAAAGAAAGUUCACUUUGCUCUUCUUUUUAUGGUUUUUGAUGAAAAUGAGUCAUGGUAUUUGGAUGAAAACAUUGAAACCUAUUCUGCCAACCCACACCUUGUUGACAAAGAAAAUGAGGAAUUCCUUGAAAGUAACAAAAUGCAUGCCAUUAAUGGGAAAGUAUUUGGAAAUUUACAUGGUCUGACUAUGCAUGUUGGAGAUGAAGUAAGCUGGUAUUUGAUGGCAAUGGGCAACGAAAUAGAUAUUCACACAGCACACUUCCAUGGCCACAGCUUUGAUUAUAAGCAAACAGGAAUUUACCGGGCAGAUGUCUUCGAUUUGUUCCCUGGAACAUUUCAAACAGUGGAAAUGAUUCCACAGAACCCUGGAACAUGGUUAUUGCACUGUCAUGUUACUGAUCACAUCCAUGCAGGCAUGGAAGCAACUUAUACAGUGCUUCCAAAGGAAGACAAAUGGUCUUUGUUCUCAAGAUUAUUCAAUCAAUCCAAGUGCAAAGGCACACCAGAUGUGCCAGAAUGAAGAAAACCAUUUACUACAGUGAUUCUCCAAGAUCUACUUUCAGUGAAGAAUUGCUUGAGAAAUACUAUCUCCUUUCCAUGUGUUUAAGAAGAUUUCAGUUGAUGGGCCACAGCUACAGAGACCACAGACUGAGGCAGCUGGAUGAGUAUAAUAGCUUGCAGUUUUCUUUAAAUAAAAAUCAUAACUUGCAAGGUAGCCAUGUGUUAGGUGAUGCCUAAUGCAUGUUACUUAACUACUGGAAAAGCCAAAUGAAAUGUACUUUGUGAGGAUUUUUGUUCUCAGUUUGUAACUAAUUCUGUGUUUUAAAAAAUAAAUAAAUUGUUUUAGACUAACACCUUAGUAGUCACUGCAUGGACAAUUGGAAUUUUGGAAUUUGGUUAUCAUGUUAACUAUUGGUUAUUGAAUUACAGUUUUAUCCAGUAAUGUCAUUCAAGAAAGUGAAUUUAAAAGAUGUAAUGGCUAACUCAUUAAAUAAGACAUUUGUGUUUUUAUGUUGUGAAAAUAAUUGAGACAAAAGUUAGGUGAACAUAAGCCUGACUGACCCCAUGAAGGUAAAAUACAGCGAAUGUACCUAAGAGCUUUGUUCCUAUGUAUUCUAAAUAGCUACUGCAGGGGACACAGCAGCCAGCUCUUGCUUUGGCUCAUUUCAUUCCUCACCUCAGACAACUGCAAUAAUGGAUCGGGAAGUCAGGUAAAGCAAAACAUCCAGGUUUUACAGCUACUAGAAUAAAGGAAGUUUGUUCUCUGUA